AUGUUCUUUUUUAUUUGGAGAAGAGGGAACUCAAACUCGUUCUUUGAGCAGACAGAAGGCUCAUGCAGCUCAGGUGAUCAAAUCCUGAUUCCAUUCCCAUUUCUAAUCCUAACACCAAUAACCAACCCUUCACUCAAAAGCUCCAAUCCUUUGCCAAAACAUCUAGAAGCCAUUGAGGCAUUGAAGUCCCUUUUACAACAGAAGCUCAAAAAUGGCGAAGAUGAAGAAGCUCUUACUAUCUUGAAACUUUUGGUUUCUACUCAACCACAGGUAACGGAUUGGAAAUUCAUGAUAGCAAGUUUAUCGACUGAAAUGGGUCAAACGGAGAAUGCACGGACAGUGUUCGAGGAAAUUCUUCAGUCAAAUCCGCUCUCAUUUGACGCUUUGUUUGAGAAUGCGCUGUUAAUGUACGGUUGUGGGGAAGGAAAAGCAGUGAAGGGUCCAAUCAUAAAACAACGUUUAGUCUACCACACUGCAAAAUGGUGUAUAAGGGAGCUUUCUGACUUUCAUUAG